GUGAUUAUUACUUAAAUACAAUCAAAGUUUGUUUGUACGGACUUUUGCCAUCAAGCCAUCAAACGAAAACGCAAAUAGUGAAGUGUGUCAAAGAUGUCUGAGAAGAAAUCUUGUCCAGUUGACCUUUCAGGUGAAGGUGAGGUCAACAGUGUGUUCAGACAGUGGAAACGUCCAGACCUGCCCAGUAAAUGUACCUACACACUGGACACCCCACUGGACCAGUCACCUCACAUCCAUGUCAAGGUGGAACCUCGCCCCAAAAUUCUACCUAACAUCCUCUACAACAUUGGCAAUACACCCCUGGUGAGGCUGAACAGUAUCCCAGCUAAAGAGGGCAUUGAAUGUGAAGUCUUGGUCAAGUGUGAGUUCUUCAAUGCUGGAGGUUCAGUCAAAGACAGGAUUGGUCUGAGGAUGGUGGAAGAUGCUGAGAAGAGUGGCCAGAUCAAACCUGGUGAUGUCCUCAUUGAGCCAACCUCAGGGAACACGGGUAUUGGUCUGGCACUAGCAGCAGCUGUGAAAGGCUACAGGUGUAUCAUUGUGAUGCCAGAGAAAAUGAGUAUGGAGAAGGUUGAUGUACUGAGGGCCCUGGGUGCUGAGAUUGUCCGUACACCCACCAGCGCGUCCUUUGAUUCCCCCGAGUCACACAUUGGUGUAGCCAAACGUCUGAUGGAGGAAAUACAAAACUCUCACAUACUGGACCAGCACCGUAAUCCCAGCAACCCACUGUCACAUUUUGAUUCAACAGCUGAGGAAAUUAUUGACAGCUGUGAAGGUAAACUGGACAUGAUUGUGAUGGCAGCUGGCACCGGUGGGACGUUGACCGGCAUCUCACGUAAGAUCAAAUCCAAGUGUCCAGACUGUAAGGUUAUUUGUGUGGAUCCUGCAGGUUCUAUACUAGCCCAGCCAGAGUCUUUGAAUAAAAGUGACAUCUCAUUUUAUGAAAUUGAGGGUAUAGGCUACGACUUUAUCCCUACAGUUUUAUCAAGAGAGUAUGUGGACAAGUGGUACAAGAGUGUGGACAAAGAAUCAUUUAUCAUGUCCAGGAGGUUAAUCAGAGAGGAGGGGCUCUUGUGUGGUGGAAGUUGUGGAUCUGCUAUGUACUGCGCUAUUCAAGCCAUUAAAGACUUUGGCCUGAAGAAAGGACAGCGCUGUGUGGUCAUCCUACCAGACUCCAUCAGGAACUACAUGUCCAAGUUUUUAAGUGAUGACUGGAUGAGCCAGAGAGAUUUCUUGGAACUGGACCAGAUGGAGCCAUCUGAACAUUGGUGGUCCAACUUAAAGGUCAGCUCUCUGAAGCUGUUAGCACCUUUGACUGUCAUGCCCACAGUGACCAUUCAGGAGACUCUUGACCUACUCAACAAGGAAGGUUUUGACCAGGUUCCUGUUGUGGAUGAGUCAGGAGGCAUUCUGGGAAUGGUGACAGUUAGCAACAUGAUGUCACAGAUAGUGAAAAACAAAGUCAACCGUGGUGACCCCGUGUCAAAGGUCAUGUACAAACAGUUCAAACAGGUCCAUAUGGAUACAUCCCUCGGGCAGCUGUCGCGGAUGUUGGAUACAGAUCAUUUUGUUCUGGUUGUUCAUAACCAAAGACAAUAUGGCGCUGGUGGUAAAGUUGAGAGCAAGCAGAUGAUCUUUGGCAUUGCAACAAGAAUAGAUCUCUUAAACUUCAUCACCAAAGACACUCAGGAACCAUAACUCAUCAUCUUUCUAAUUGCAACAUUUUGUUUUGAUCCUAUCAUUUUUAGUGUACUUUGCUUGAGAGGGUAUUUUGAUGUUUUAUUAUAAACUAGACGACCCAGUUUCCUGUUUGGAAAUGGUCUGCCGGCUGUAUAGCACAACACAAACCAAUAUCCCACUACGCCCACCCAACCCUUUAUAAAGCCUUUUAAUCCCAAAUGAAUCCCUUUUUUAUACCCAAACUGUCGCCCAUAUUUUGUUGGGACAUUAAUUUAUGGCAUACAUGAGGAAUGGGGGGGGGGAGGUCGUAGGGAAGUCGAGUUUUGUGGAUGGCGGAGGAAGGGCUGAGUUUAUGGAGGCUGGAAUAUGGCGGAGCGAGUUUUAAAAUUGUGUUCAUUCGCGAAGUGUCCUCAUGUUCCACAGCAAGCCUCAAGAAUUUAGAAGAAGUAAGAAGAAUAUUUUGUGAUGUUAUAUAUUCCAUUUCGAAUUAUUUCUCCUAUCCAUCCCCCAUUUUCUUUCUCCCAUUUCGUAUUCUACCAAUAGGUAUCUGUACAUCUCCCUUAGAUCAUGGUAUAGUCUUUCGCUUACUUUUUUUGUACUUUGCUAGUUAUGGUAUUUUCAUGUGUUAUUGCAAAGCAUUGGAGUAUUCUAUAACAGAGAAGUUUAAAUGAGAGUGUCGAUCAAC